CCUUCCUCCUCUGACCAGUCUUCUUCUCUCUCUCUAUACUCUCAUUUGCUAGGGUUCGAAUCAGAUUAUCUGCAACAACAAAAAUGGCGUUGGCUGGUCGUAUCAGAUCCGGGAUCUCCUUCUUCAAGACCACCUCCGUCUCACCUGCUAGAUCUCACCUCCGUGGAGCGCCGCUCAUCCCCGCGUUGAGAGACUACGCAACAGCUUGCGCUCAGAAGACCGCCAAUGUUAAGGUGCCUGUUGCUUUAGUUGGUGAAUCUGGAAACUUCGCUUCGUGGCUGUACAUUGCAGCUGUGAAAAUGAACUCCUUGGAGAAGAUCGAGUCUGAUCUCUCUGAGCUCGUCGAGGCUAUGAAGACGAGCCCUAUUUUUUCGCAGUUCACUAAAGAUCCCUCUGUUCCUAGAGAGACGAGACUCGCUGCUAUCGUGGAUGUUUGUGAUAAAGCCAAGUUCGCAGAACCCACCAAGAACUUCCUCUCUCUGUUAGCUGAGAACGGGAAGCUGAAGAAUUUGGACGUGAUUGUGAAAAAAUUCAUGCAGUUGACGACAGCACAUAGAGGAGAUGUCAAGGUUUUGGUUACCACUGUCAUGCCGCUUCCACCUGCUGAGGAGAAGGAGUUGAAGGAGACACUCCAGGAGAUAAUUGGAGAAGGGAAGAAAGUAACUGUGGAACAAAAGAUUGAUCCGAGUAUCUACGGAGGGCUAAUAGUAGAGUUUCAACAAAAGGUGUUGGACAUGUCUAUCAGGACAAGGGCACAGCAGAUGGAGAGGCUCCUCCGUGAGCCUGUUGACUUCACCAACCUUUGAAGACUUUCCCCCUAAAGAAACGUGCUUGCUUGUGAUAAUGCUAUGCUCUAGAACCAGUUGACAAAUAAAAAUACGACACUCUCAUGAGAAAACAACAUAUAAACACUUGUGUCGGUUUUUUUGAGUUUUGUCGUUUCAUUUUACAAUUGUUGUUUUUUGCUUCGUAAUAAGCUUUUGAAGACAUCAAAUUUCAAUGAUACAGUAUUUGGGUUUA